CUACUUGUAUGAACUUGCAGCCUGGUUGCUAGAUAUCUUAACCAGCUAUGGUAACGUUUUAAAUGCAGAAUACAGGCCUCUGGGAUACGGAAUGUCACUUAGCUUUUGUGAUAUCGCAAUGACAAAAAUCAUGAGCAUUAUUAGCAGACAAAUACUUAAUGCACAUAUGCUGCGAACAAUGCAUUAAAAAACUAAUUCAGAUUAGGUUAACAUGAAACGUGCGGCGGAACAGAAAUGUCGUCCCCAGUGACACGUCAGCUGAAGUGUACGGAAGUAUUUGAGAGACGCACACGACUUCCUCGUUCUACAUUUAAGCAUCAAUCGACGCUGGGUACUGAUUUUCCUGAAAUGCCGAACCUUUCACAAAAUUUUACCUUGCUUGGGAGAUGCGGGGAAUUUACGGGUCAUACUACAAAUAUAUAAUGUGUGUUUUACGACGUUAAUUCAUCCUUUUAAUCUCUCUUAAGUGUCAUGUGUUUCAUCGGUCCAGGUCUUUCGUGGGCACAACUGGAUUGAUGCACCUCAAGAUAUCAUGGAGCUGCAUGAAUCAGUUACACACAAGAACGGGAGGCAGAGGAAGCCUGUUGUUUCUACAGACAACAUGAGAAAUCAGGAGGCCAAGUCAUCAGACAUUGACACUGAGGAGGAGGAGACAUUGCUGUGGACUGAGGAGAACCACUCGAAGACCCACAAAGGCAUAGGAGAUGAGCUGGGGAAAGUCUUACUGCUCCUUUUCCUGUAUGUCCUCCAGGGCAUCCCCUUAGGCUUAGCAGGCAGCAUUCCGCUGAUCAUGCAGAGCAAGAAUGUCAGCUACAAGGAUCAAGCUUAUUUCAGCUUUGUCUUCUGGCCCUUUAGCCUGAAGCUGCUCUGGGCUCCUCUGGUUGAUGCUAUUUAUUUCCAGAAGUUUGGACGUAGGAAGUCAUGGUUGGUUCCCACACAGUAUCUGCUGGGCCUCUUCAUGCUGUACCUGUCUGUCACAGUGGACUCCUUACUGGAGAGUGAUGAGCACAAAGGACCAGAUGUGAUCACUCUUACUGCAGUGUUCUUCAUGCUGGCCUUCUUGGCGGCCACCCAAGACAUAGCGGUGGAUGGCUGGGCACUAACUAUGCUGUCACGGGAGAACGUGGGUUAUGCAUCCACCUGCAACUCAGUGGGCCAAACCGCUGGUUACUUCCUGGGUAAUGUGCUCUUCCUGGCCUUGGAGUCUGCUGACUUCUGCAACAAGUACCUGAGGUUUGAGCCUCAGGACAAGGGCAUUGUAACCCUCGCAGACUUCCUAUUUUUCUGGGGGAUCGUGUUUCUUGUGUCAACCACCCUGGUUGCCGUUCUGAAGAAGGAGAAUAACCAACAGAACCUUAAGAAAAAACACAGGGAGGAAACACAGAGUGUCAUGGAAACCUACAAACAACUGUUCUCCAUUGUGAAGAUGCCCACAGUGGCCACGUUCUGUGGUCUACUGCUGACUGCCAAGAUUGGCUUUUCAGCAGCAGAUGCAGUGACAGGGCUGAAGCUGGUGGAAGCGGGUGUUCCCAAAGCACAGCUGGCCCUCCUGGCGGUACCCAUGGUGCCCCUGCAAAUUCUGUUGCCCGUCAUCAUCAGUAAAUACACAGCUGGUCCUAGGCCUCUUGAUAUCUUCUACAAGGCCUUUCCAUUCAGGUUGCUGAUUGGUUUACUGUAUGCGCUGCUUGUAUGGUGGACCCCUAGUGUGAGACAAGAAGAGGGAUUUCCCGUUUACUAUUAUGCCGUGGUGCUGAUAAGCUAUGCUCUUCAUCAGGUGGCACUGUACAGCAUGUAUGUGGCCACCAUGGCCUUCCACGCCAAGGUCAGUGAUCCAGUAAUUGGUGGCACUUACAUGACCCUUCUGAACACUGUGACUAAUCUGGGGGGUAACUGGCCCUCCACCCUGGCCCUCUGGCUGGUGGACCCACUGACCUCAAAGGAGUGCCAGGAAGUGGCCAGCCUGACCUGUGGCUCUCCAGACGAGGCAGGGCUUUGUGUGAAGGAAGGUGGCACGUGUGUGACUACGCUCGACGGGUACUAUGUGGAAUCAGUGGUGUGUGUUGUGAUCGGCCUCAGCUGGUGGUUGUUGCUGGGCAAGAGGCUGAGGCGUUUACAGGACGAGAGUCCGCAGGCCUGGCACUGUAGAUCAUCAAAAUAGGGAAACCACAGCAACACCCUGCAUUCUCUUAGCACUUAAAGGGACAAGCACUUACCCCGCUCCUCCAAGACCUCUGGUCUGACUUUCAGUUCAGUUCACUCAAUGCAUACAUCAGGCUGCUGUUAACUUGGACCAUAAGAAGAAAAACUCCCCUGUAGAAUCUGCUUGUCAUGACUUCUUCCAUCAAGAAAUAACACGAAGACCUGUUCAAAGAUAUAUGAACGAGGGUUAUCUGCAAUAGAAGUCUGCUCCAACAGAUACAUUUUCUGCAUCUUGAAAAAAUUAUUCUUGUAUUUACUUUACGUUCCUUCAGGGUAGGUGCCUUGCUCAUUUUGAGGUUGAUUCAAUUUCUUUUGAGUUACCUCACACAACAACACUCAACAGUAGUUGAAUUGCAUGGGUUUGUUUAAGUUCAGAACAGCUACAUUACUAUUAUUAUACAGGGGGGAAAAAAAUCAAUUUAUACAGUAAACUAUUGGUUGCGGCGUAUCACUUAUCUCACACACAUUGCUUUACAAUGCACUACAUGUUUAAUCAACAGAACAAAGUAUAAUUUUGUGCUGUAGUGGAUGUAAUACAAUGUGAUUAUACAUGGUUAAGGUGAGUCCCUGUGCAUACAACCAUCUGUUAAAUGAUCUACUAAUCUUAGGAGAAUAUUGGAAUACUGAAAGUGCUCACACAUGAUGCACAAUGCACUCAGGCUGUCACAAAACCCCUGUUUUAUACGACUGUAGUAUAUCCUCAAGACCAGCAUCUUAAAAGAGAAAUAGCCGAAGAGUCAAUCUGUUACUUGAUCUUUGUGACUGGCACUUUGGCUUUAUUACAUCCCCCAAGAAGAUUACGUUUUUGCACCUGUCUGUUGUUGUUGUUUGUUUGGUUGGUUGGUUUGUUUGUUAGCAGGAUCAAGUAAAAAAAAUGUGAGAUAUACCAUUAGUUUCACUUUCGGUAACGUUGUAAGAUAUGGCAUUAAAGGUGACUGUUGUGCCUUUGCAGAAGUGUGCACUCUUACUGAGUGUCAUUGUCGUUUUUUUAAUUUGUUGUUUGGCUUUUGAAAUAACUUUGUGUGUUUAUGUUUUUUUAUUCUCACUGAGUCAUUUUUGUGGAGAAGAAGAUAUAGACUUGAUUGUAAACAUCUCAAAUUAAUGUGUCUGUAAUAUCUUAAAAGCAAUGUCCAAAGCUUGUACAUGCCAGUGUAUUCUAAACUGUUCCAAAUCAUAAAAAAACACUUGACCCAUUGUCAGCUUAUUUAUGUUACCAAUAAUGUGAAAUAAGUUGGAGCCAAAUGAUGUAAUUUGAUUUAACUAGUCUGUAAUUUCAAAACGUAUUACUUUGUGUUUGUUUUGGAAAUGAUUGUCCUUAUCACUGGUGUUUUGAUUUUAUAUUGCCUCUGAGCUUUCCAUGGUCAGUGACCAGCCCUAAAUUGUAUUUGUAGAUCUUCAUCUAUUUGUUAUGCCAGUGAGAUGAGUCAGGGUAUGUGCAUUUACGGUAAUGCAUAUCUUCUAACAGUUUAGGGCGAGUAAACCCCAGGGAUUUCAGUUAUCUUUUUCCAUGCCUUAUGCACACUAAUGUUGGCCUUCAUCUGCUUAAAAUGUUUAUAUUUAUGGACAUUUGUAGUGUUUUGUUUCAGCCUACAUCAUGUAGGUUCGAUCAAUAUCCAUUUAAACUCACUCUUACAUGAGUGUAUGGAAGGAUGAGAAAGCAAUCAGAAGAUGAUGACCGUGUUUUGUGACAUUGUACAUGUCUAGCAAAUCAGUGCAAAGGAAUUUUAUACCAGCGUUUUUGAGAUGUAAUUCAAAAGAACUGAUGUAUAUAAUGAAUACAUGUGAUGCAACUCA